AUGGCCGCAGAUCUACCUCUCGGCCGACGAGUGCGGGAUCCGCUCGACGCCCGUCGAGCGCGAACCGUCGGCCAGCGAUCGCAGCCUUUUGGACCAGGAAUUUUUGGAGAUGUCUUGGCCCUGUUACAAAGGGCGAAUCCAAAGCGCUGGGCCAUUGAAAACCUCACUGUCUUUGCGAUACCCAAGCCCAAGCUUGAUUCCCAGUUGAAUGUUUUCUCGCCGUUUUCGCCCUUGGAGAAAGUCUCGAAUUCUUUUGGCGACACUCCUACUUUCGGGACAGAACAUGUCAUUAAUGAUCAUGUGUUCAUCAACACUACCCGACGACCAUCAACUGUGCCCAAGGAUAAUGCUGUCCGCACGUCAAAAAAUUUGAAGCGGGCCCUAACUUCGCAACACAUGGAGAACUUCGAAUUUCUUCCUGAGGCCGGAGUCUCGGCUGUUGAGUUUCCCACAAAUCAAGAUGCGUCAGAUAGCAACCGGGGCGGUGCCCAGGUAACUCGCGCCGGCCCCCCCUGGCCAAGCGACCCGAAUCAUAUGACAAGGAGUGCCUUUCAAAGCCUCAAGGUACUCGAACGUCCCGAAUCGGCAGUUCUUGUGACGAACUCGGCCGUCGCAGAGCCUUUCAGUUCGGCGACGACUAAGCCCACUAAGCAAGCUCGCAUCCGACGGCAUGAUAACUCCAUGGGUAGUGUCGGUGAAGGUUCUAUUGUGGUGUCUUCCCUUCUCGCUUCUGGUUUCUCAGAACUGUUCACCCCACCCACCCGCCUCCCCGAUGGCUUGCUCGAGCCCAUCUCACUCGCCGGUGGAAAGCCUGGAUUCAUCUCCCAUCCAGAGAGGAGAUUGGAAGAGGACGGCACAAACCAGGCCCUCCAGCGCCUUGAGGAAGUUGAAGCUAGGCUCAUUCAUGAGCUUCGUGGCGAGGAUGCUGUCGGAAAAGAGACAAAAAUCUCUCAGCUUCCUGCCUACGCAGCCGAUGUACGAUUCUAUCAGAAAGCCACUGUACUCGAAGGCCGAAAUUCCGCUACACGAGAAAGAACUCGUCACCGUCCCACCCGCAUUCCCGGUCUAAACAAAGCAGCUGCCUCGGAAGCCAGGGCGCCUAGGGCCCACAGCGGCGACCCCGCUAGGCAACGCUGA